GCAAUGCGGCGGGUUCCUACAGGUCACACUUUAGCAUAUACACUGUCGGACAAAAGCAGUUGGUUCCAAGGGAGUUUUAGCGCAAGUUGGUCAAGGUUUAUCUGCAAGCGAAGACUACUGAAUGCAUAUCUACAUAUAUACAGGGUAGUGAUGUGUAGAUAUAUUCGUAAAAUUUUGUAUCGCUAAUUCAGGUUUUCGGAUGGCCUGCGCAGCCUCCAGACUUUAGCCGCAUUGAAAAUCCGCUUUGGUCCCCGAAGAACACUCUUUGAUAAGCAAAUUGUUGCUCGACUUUUGUUCGAUAGUGUAUAUCGGCUGGCCUUCGGCCAGUUCUGGCGACACUUCGAGCGGUUUCAGCAUCAUUCAGUCGCGGUUUUUCGUAGUUUUGAAAUGUUUUAUGCCCCGCGUGGCCGACGUUUCGCCCAAUGGGGCUGCCGCUUCACCAGCACAAUGCCCGCCCCUAGAGGUCUUCCAGUGUUCGGCACGACACUUUCCCUGAUGAUGGCGGGUUCUUCGCCGAAACUGCACCGCUAUAUCGACGCGCGCCACCGCCAGCUGGGUUCCAUUUUCAAAGAAAACAUCGGCCCAGUGGCGUGCGUUUUCAUCGCCGAUCCUGCGGACAUGCGCUUGGUCUUCGCCAAAGAAGGCAAGUACCCGCAGCACCUCCUGCCGGAAGCUUGGACCGUCUACAACCAGCUGCACAACGCCUCCAGAGGGUUGUUUUUCAUGGAUGGGGUGGAAUGGUUGCACUUUCGGCGCAUCCUGAACCCGGCGUUGCUGAAGGGCGACCAGCAGUGGCUGCAGCAGUGCUGUGAGCCGCCCAUUGCUAGGCUGGUGGCGCAGAUUUGCGCCUCUCCUGAUAAGCCGCCCAUCAGGCAGCUGCUCUACCAUUGGUCGCUCGAGGUGAUUGUCUCUGUGCUGAUUGGGCCUGAUCAGUAUUGCCAGUCGAGACGUAGGCUGGAGGACCAGAUUGGCUUGUUGGCGUCCAGCGUUCACUCGGUGUUUGAGACCAGUGCGAAGAUGGCGCUGAUUUCCUCCAGUUUGGCCGCCAAAUGGCGUCUGCCCAGAUGGAAAAAGUUCGAGGCGGCAGCCACCACCGCYCUAAGAGCGGCUACCGCUCUGGUCGAAUCCCUUGAGAGCAAUGAGGGCCUACUAGGCCGGCUGCAAGGCCAGAUGRCGGCCAACGAGCUGGCCAAGAUCGUAACGGACUUGAUUCUGGCCGCAGGCGACACCACGGCCUUCUCCAUGGAGUGGCUGCUCUACUUAGUGGCCAAACACCCGGAGGUGCAAAGCAGGCUGAGGACGGAGCCUACAGAGAGCCCCUACUUGAAGAACACAGUCAAGGAGGCCUUGCGGCUCUACCCAGUGGCGCCCUUCCUCACCCGGAUCCUGUCGGAGGACAUUCAGAUCAAGGGCUUUGAUAUUCCGGCCGGGACUGUCCUGAUUUUGUCCAUUUUCACUUCUGGUCGCGACUCUGAAAGCUUUCCAGAGCCGCAGCGGUUCGAUCCAGAGCGCUGGGCGGAGGGGCGCGCCCUUCGCGCGGCCUCCCUGCCCUUUGCAAUGGGCUCUAGGUCGUGCAUCGGGCGCAAGCUGGCCGAAUAUCAGCUCCAGACCACGUUGGCCCAGCUGGUAAGUCGCUUCCAAGUGGAGGCGCUUAACGAAGUCCAGAUGGUGUUGAAGAUGGUGGCGGUGCCAUCCGCAGAAGUCAAGUUCCGGUUUAUGGCCAUUUAGUCUAAAUAAAUAGGGUUCAGAGGCG